UGAAUCGGGUGAUGCUGUCCAGGUGCUAGCCUAUCACAGUCCGGUCACAGUAUGUGAGCGCAUUGCCAGGCAUAAAGAAGCGCGGUAGCGGCGAAUGCAGGCGGACGGCAGUGCAAGGUAAGCCAUAUAUAUAACUAAAGGUCCACGUCGUCUCUGGAGGUACAUCUUCGGCACGCCCGAAAGAGGGCCUUGCGUUUUUCAUCCUGCCUGUGCUACGCUGUGCAAGACCACAUUCGCCAUGACCAGCUCCGCAAUGUCGUUUGGUAGCGUCUUCGUGUCUCUGAUCGUGGCAUUCAUAAUAUUCGGCAUGACUAUAUGCCAAUUCUGCUUAUAUCGACGCAGUUUUCCUGAUGACGUGACGCGCAUGAAAGCUAUAGUCUACGCUGUGAUGAUGCUGGAUAUCGCACAUACGAUUGUAUGCGUUGCGAUGUUAUAUACGUACCUGGUUCGUUGGCACGGCCUGGAGACGAACCUCGCCUUGCUUCACUGGACCGCUGCAGCCACAAUCUUUUUCCAGAGCUCGAUCGUAACCAUAGUGCAAUGCUCUUAUGUCUACAGAAUAUGGAUCCUCAGCGAGAGGUCCUCUAAAGUGUUGUUGAUCCCUAUCUUACUGACUGUCGUCCGUAUAAUCGUUGGCUACGUUACGGCAGUGGCUAUGUUCACAUUGCACGUCUGGCCACAAUAUCGCAAGAAUCACGUCGCGACGGUCGUAUUGUCUGUGGGAUUUGCAUCCUCGGCUGCGAAUGAUAUAGUCAUUACUGCAACUCAAGUAUACUAUCUUCACCGAAGGCGAACUGGACUUCGGGGGACGGAAUAUAUCAUCCGGACUGUUAUGUUCUACGCGAUAAACUUGGGAGCUAUGACAAUGAUAUUCUCGAUAGCUGUGCUGUUGACGUUCGUUCUUGAUCAGAGCUCCCUCUUAUUUGGCGGUCUCAUCGAACUGCAAAGCAAGUUAUUCGCAAAUUCGCUGCUUAUCAACAUCAAUGCGCGACGAACUCUUCGUAUAAAUCAACCAAGCGCUGUCGACAUCGAUCCUCCUAAUCUCGAGGACAUCGUAUCAGCCCAGACAGACUUGUUACCUGCAGGGCGAAACCAGGCAUCGUCGAGUCAGCGCGGUCCGAAGUACGAGCACUCGUAACGCGAAUCCGGGCUAGCCACGCUUCAAUCCAAUCAGUCUUUCUCGGUGGAGCUGGA